ACCGGCAAGAUUUUUUUCGAUGAAUGAAGUUUGAUAGUUGCUAAGCGAUAUGAUAAAAGCUUGGAAAAUCUGCAAAUUUUUGACGUCUUACAUUUACGGUUGUGAAAAUAUUGAUUGAUUUAAUUGAUUUGCAAAAAAAAAUUUUAUUUAUUUAGGUAUUUAACUUUACAGCUUAAGAAAAUUACAGGAAAACAAUUUAAUAAUGAAUAAUUCUAAUUACAACGUUGACGAGGAAAUUGAAAUGAUUGAAUCACAAGGCGAUGUCGAACCAGUAAAUACAACAAAUGUUAAUUCCAGUAAUCUUUCUUUGCAACAAAGAAUUUUCGCUCAUCAUACACGUCACUUGCCGUCUAGAAGAAUAGUGACAUUAGCGAACAGUAGAAAUGAAGGUUUAAAUGAACUUUCCUCAUUUAUUCCUGAAUCGACAUUGCGUGUAACAAGAAUGAGAAAUUUACCUUUGGAGGAUCAUGCAACUGUGAUAGCAAAUCAUAUUGAAAAAAAUGAUGAUCUUAUGCAAAAUGAUCCACACUCAGAGCUUUUGCGAAGUGAAAUUUUACGAGACAUGCCACAAUGUUUAACUGUAAAGCGAACAGUUAAAGCAAAAUUGAGUUAUAGUGCUAGUCAAAAAUUAAAGAAGAAACAUGUUGGAUAUUUGAAACGUCUCAAAUAUAGAAUUAGUAUGUCUUUCCAAAAGUUUAAAAUAGCUUUGCGUGAAAUAUGUUCACAAAUAGAAUUAUGGUAUCAUCCAAUAAAGUCGAUAGAAGGACAAUUUGGAAGUGGGAUAGCAACAUAUUUUAAAUUUCUACGAUGGCUGUUUCUUAUUAACAUAAUUACUUGUUUAUUAAGUGUAUCUUUUAUAAUUAUACCACAAUCUUUAAUUAGAACAAAUUUAGACAAUUCUUUUCGUUUUGAGGAUCUAUUACUUGGGAAUGGAUUUCUCACAAAUUCGUUAAUGUAUUAUGGAUUUUAUUCAAACCAAAGUGUAAAAAUGUUGCCAACUAAUACGUAUAAUAUUCCUUCGGCUUAUUUUUUGACAUUAAGUUUCUGUUAUUUAUUCACUUUCAUCCUUCUUUGUUGCAAAGUGGCAAAUUCGUAUAGAAAAUCUUUUAUUGAAACAUCAGGAGGUAUUUAUAAUCAGUAUGCAAUGAAAAUUUUUUGUGGUUGGGAUUUUGGUAUUUCAUCGUAUAAAGCUGCAAAAUUAUGUUCUGCUUCAAUAUACAGAGAAUUAAAAGAACUUCUCGGCGAAGCAGAAAAUGAUGUUGACAUGUCGUGUUUAACGAAAUUUUUAACAAUUUCCAUUCAAAUUCUAAUGACAAUAUUGGUUCUUGCAAUGAUUGCUGGCACAGGUGGAUUAUUAUGGAUUUUGCUCAAUCAACAUAAAGCAGACAUGACAAAUGUUUGGUCAGUUUUAAUGGUGCCUUUGGUUGUCACUGGAAUUAUGAAUAUUUUUCCUUCUCUUAUUUCUUGGUUUGCAAAAAUGGAAAAAUAUAGCAACGAUCGAAUUGCAUUGUACGUGACAGUAAUUAGAAUGUAUACAAUGGCAUUGGUUGUGAUUGGUACAUUAUUAACAUUUUGGAUAACAAGAGGAAAUUUUGAUUGUUGGCAAACGCAAUUGGGUCAAGAAAUUUAUCGAUUGAUUCUCAUUGAUUUUAUAAUAUCGGUUUUUGGUGUUUUAGUCGUUCAAAUGAUACGUUCACGACUUUGUACAACAUUUGGAAAAAAUAUUUGUUCACCGAAAUUUGAUAUUGCACGAAAUACCAUGAAUUUAAUUUAUAAUCAAACAUUAUUUUGGGUGGCAUUUUAUUUUAGUCCAAUGAUGUCAGUGGUUAUUGUUGUGAAAAUGAUAUUGACCUUUUAUAUAAAGAAAUUUGGACUCGUUAUGUUUUGUGAACCACCAUCGAAACCAUGGCGAGCUGCUCAAAGUCAAACAAUUUUUUUGGCUUUGGCACUUUUGGGAAUGGUUGGCUCUUUAAUUGUUUUGGGUUUUGUCACAAUUUAUAAGACAACCGGCGAUUGUGGUCCAUUUAAUGCUCAUAAUUUUAUUUGGGAAGUUUUCGCUGAAGAAGUUUUAUUAGUGAAGAGGAAUAGUGUAAUUUGGUCUAUUUGCGAACAACUCGUUGGCGUUGGAUCGAUGAGUAUUAUUCUUCUGAUUAUGUGCAUAUCUGUUUAUUACGUGCGUGCAAAAGCCAUAGCCACAAAAGAAAUGGUUCAAAUUCUACGUGAAAUGUUGGUGAUGCAGUCACGGGAUAAGGAAUUUUUAUUAAAAGGAUUUACUCAAUUUUCCAGCAAAGGUUUGCGUAGCUCAUUGCGUGAUCAACAAAGAGAAAAAUCUUUUAAAGAAAAAAAUAAAGAGAAUACAUCUUUAUGUGCUGGCCCAUCGAAUGCCGAAUAUUAAGUUCCAAAAAUAUAAAAAAAAUAUUUUAUAAACAAUUUAAAGACUGUAUUUAGCCAAAUUAAGAAUUGUUAAAUAUUUUACAAGUUUAAAAAUUACUUUUUAUUUUCAAAUAGGUACUGAAUAUACUUUUUGCUGUAACAAAAAGUAAUUAAUAUAUUUAUUAUGUUUAAGAAAUUAUAAUAUUUUAUAAUAUAGUUUAUAUUAAAUUAUAA